GAAUUGAAAUAAAAUUUCCAGCACACAGUUGAUCGUAGAGAGAAGAGCUCCAGGUACCAGCAUUCAGCACGAACUCAAGGUCAGGUCCAGUCAUGUUUGUGAUUCUUCUAAUUGCAUCAACAUUUAGCCAAGGUCUCACAAUGGUGAGCUAUGGAAAUGAUUUCAUCACAGCAUUUCCAGAGAACGUAGCUUACUUCUACCCAUACACAUCCAGAAGAAUUCUAAGAAUCACCGCCCUGCAUAAUGACACUACCUUCACUGUCCACUUCAACAACACUGAAAAAACAUCAUCAGUUCUGGAGAGUGGCAAAACUGCAACUAUGUUGUUUCCAAAAACUGCUGAAGUACAUCAACUAGGCUCCUCCAGUAACUCUAUCCGAAUUACCAGUGACAAUGACAUCGUAGUACAUUCUUUCAGUCAGACAAAUAUAGGUACCCUUCUAGAGAAAAGUGUCCAGACCCAUGUUGUUCAACCCAUCACAAAUCUUGGCACAAACUAUUUGAUCCCUUCGCUGAACCACUCAGACCUUAUCCAAACGUUCAACAGAUCUUCGCCAGACCCCUGGUACCAAAGAAACAGCUCGUUCAAGCUGAUCAUCAUCAAUGCAGAGUACACAGAAAACACUGUCACGAUAGUGAAGAACAUUUCAGGCAGUGUGCAAGAAGAAAAAAUCAAGAUCUCAUCAUACCAGCUCAUCCAGAUACAGGCCAAUGCUUCACUGAUUAAGGUUGAAUCUAGCCAUAAAGUAGCAGUGAUUCUGACUCAUCCAUGUCUAGAAAUGACAGCCUCAUGUAAAUGCAACAUGAUAGUGAAUCAGAUUCUUCCCACAGAAUUUCAGGGUCAGAACUUUGUUGUGCCGUACAUUCCGAGUAUAACCCAGAGCCGCUUACUUAUGACAUCAAAUGACAAGUCAACUUCUCUAUCUCACAGUAAUGUUCAGUUACAGCCUAGUCCAUCAGGGCUUCUGUCACUUUCAGAUCAGACGAAAUCUCAGUACGUAAACACGUCGGGAAACGUGUCCCUCACACUGAUCAGUCCAGGUCUUUUCAUUGAAGUGAUCCCAGAAAACAUGUUUGCUGCCUGCUACCUGCUGCAGGUCUAUUCAGACGUCAGCAGCACUAACAAACAGGCCUUAGUGAUAGCAGAAACUAGCAGCAAAACUAAUCUACACAAACAAAACAACCUGGUUACAAACGCGGUGUGGUUUGAUAUUCCUGGCACAAAAUACUCUUCAGCUCCAGUAAGUUUAUCAGAGUCAACAACUGUCAUCUGGCAUCCAACCUCAAAGAUUGCCGUUUAUAUUCUGGAAAACACUGGCACGACAGUUUAUGGAGGACCAGCUAUAGCUAUAAAUACACAACUAGAUGAGUUCGGCUGUGUGGCGAUUCCUGGACAUUAUGAAGUCGGAAAUGAGCAUCUUAGUUGGGCUGAGUCCCUGGCUUACUGCAUGAGUCUUCAAAAACACCUCGCCUGUCCUACAAGGGAAGACAUUCAGAAAGAACUGCCUGGAAAGGUUGACACUGCAGAGGAGGAGGCUUGGAUUGGACUACGACGUAGUCUAAUGACAACAAACUGGUACUGGCAGAGGACACCAUCAACAACACCAUUACCGUCACCAUCUGUGGAUUACUUUCACUGGGCUGAUGAGCAUCCAGAUGAGAAUUUUACGGGCCUUUGUGCUUCACUGUCACUAAAUGAGAAAGAUAAGUUCAAAUGGAAGAGUGCAAAAUGCUGUGAAAAAAAGCGUCCUGUAUGCUACACACCCGCAAUAGGCUUUUAUCCUUUACCCUUAGAUACACCUCUUCAACUUUUCUAGCGUUGCAAAAAUAUCUCAGUAUUUUUUUGUCUUUACUGGUAACAAUCACUGUAGUUCCUGGUCGGAGAUACUAAAAAAAAGAAUGUAGUAUAUUUCAAUAAUAAAAAAUCCUUAUUACAGUAAUCACAAUGUUAUUAAGAAGUACAUUUUUAAUGCAUGCUCAUAGAAAUAUGAAACAUAACAGGUCUUAUUAGUAGUGUUAAAGUUAAAUUAGUUGUGCUUUCUUCAUAUUUCAUCUAACAAGCACCAAUUUUUGUUUCAAAAGCAAUUUGCUUUUUCUAAGGCCUGAUCUGGGCUAAAUCUGCAUGAAGCAAAUGUAUUCCUUGAAGAACAUAAUAGCUCUAAUAUCCCCAUGUAGGAUGCAGUAACAUUUACAUGCCUUAUUUAUGACUUUAUUAAAGUUUUUUCUCUAUAACCCAUACCAUCUCCAGAUUCCCGGCAUAUAUUUACAGAAAUCUCAGCUACUUUUUAAAUGAAUGUAAAAUAUGUUCUCAUCAUAAACCACAUAAAAUUUGCUCAUAGUCACUAGGCAUAAAGAUGAGUUUAUUAAAAUUGAAAGUAGUGUGGGUUUUAUUUAUAUUCAGACUUGAUUCUGUAAAACUGCUUUAAAACAAUACAUAUUGUAAAAAAGGUCUAUGCAAAUAAAAAAUAUGUAAUCUUG